GCUCAGUCCCAGUCCAAUGAGAGCAGCAGGGUCUGGGCUCGGAUCGAGAGUUGGGUUGUUCAAUCUGUGAGGACAACAAGCAGCUCAGAGUGUACCGGAUGGAUGGAUGUUGGCGAUGACUCUUCCUGUCGGUGCCGGUGGUGACAGCGGGCAUGGCUGAUCAAGCUGAAUGUUGCUGUUGAGUUACCUGCAGAUGUUGUGAUGUAUUGUCCCAAACCUGAUCAAGCAAAUUAUUUUUGCAAAUGAGUUGCUUCUUGGCUGCAGGACGUGUGUCCUAUCACUGAGGCCACAUGUGUAUCUGGAGAGAUGGAUCGUUGUAAGCACGUGGGACGUCUUCGUCUGAGCCAAGACCACUCCAUCCUCAAUCCACAGAAAUGGCACUGUGUGGACUGCAGCACCACCGAUUCAGUGUGGGCCUGCCUCAAGUGCUCCCACGUGGCCUGUGGACGUUUCAUGGAGGAGCACUCACUCAAACACUUUCAGGAGUCACACCACCCACUGGCUAUGGAGGUGCGUGAGCUGGAUGUCUUCUGCUUUGCCUGUGGAGACUAUGUACUCAAUGAUAAUGCUGAGGGCGACCUCAAACUCCUCAGAGGGGCACUCUCUACUGUUCGGAGCCCAGGUAGGCGUUCCCUACGCUCUUCAACUGGGGGGGAGUGCACCCCCUGGGUUGGGGAAGGUGGACCGCAGCCCGCCAUGCAGCUGGCCCUGCGCCACAGGAGAAAAGCACUGCUCGGAAAGAUGCUUCAGAUGUGGAUCAGCAAACAUCAGGAGCUUCAGAAUCAGCGAAAAGAGAAACUUGAGGAAGCUAGAAGACAAAAGAAAGAGGUAAAAAGGAGACUCUUGGAAGAGCUUGGCAGUGUUCCUCCCAGAAAGAGUGCUAGGCUUCUUACUCAGGCGCCACGUUCAACCAUCACACUCAUUCCUCGCAAAUUUCGCGACCCUCCAGAACGCCUACCUCCACCUCCCAAGAAGCCUUCCCUUCUAACCCUGUCCCGCAAGGCUCCUCAGAAUGGCAGAGCUGCUAAACUGAGGAGAUACUACUCCACACAUGCGGUAACGCGCCGGAGACUGGCUCCAGGUGUCACUGGUCUGCGCAACUUGGGGAACACAUGCUACAUGAACUCAAUAUUGCAAGUGCUGAGCCACCUGCAGAAAUUCAGGGAGUGUUUUCUCACUUUGGACCUGUGUGAGACUGAGGAGCUGCUGGCCAAGACCAAUCACUCCCAGGGGAUGAAGGGGGUGACAGGGGGGGUCGUCAGCAGCGGCAACACAGCGCUGUCAGGAUGCCCUCUUGGACGCAUGGGGAAGGCGGGUUGUUGGAAUUUGCCUGUGGGCAAAAAAGAAAGUGUCCCUCCUUCUCCACAGGCUGCAGAGUUGGUCCAGCCCAAGGAGCCUCGCUGCUCCACCCGCCAGCAGAUGUCUCUGUGCCAUGAAUUGCAUACACUUUUCAGGGUCAUGUGGUCAGGCCGGUGGUCGUUGGUGUCUCCCUUUGCCAUGCUGCACUCCGUGUGGAACCUCAUCCCAGCUUUUCGUGGGUAUGACCAGCAGGACGCCCAGGAGUUCUUGUGUGAGCUGCUGGACAAGGUGCAGCAGGAGCUGGAUACAGAGGGGUCCAAACGGCGGAUAGUCAUCCCCAUCACAAAGAGGAAGCUAUCCAAGCAAGUGCUAAAGGUUCUUAACACCAUCUUUCACGGGCAGCUACUCAGCCAGGUGACAUGUCUGUCUUGUAAGCACAAGUCUAACACAGUAGAGCCAUUCUGGGAUUUGUCUUUGGAGUUUCCAGAGCGAUAUCACAGCAUAGACAAAGGCUCAGGCUCUUCGGCUUACCAGCGGAGCUGCACCCUCACCGAGAUGCUGUCCAAGUUUACAGAGAUGGAGGCUCUUGAAGGCAGCAUCUACGCCUGCAACCACUGCAACAAAAGAAGAAGGAAAUCAUCCCACAAACCCUUAGUUCUGUCAGAAGCGCGUAAGCAGCUUCUGAUCUACCGUUUACCUCAGGUUCUACGGCUGCACCUCAAACGCUUCAGAUGGUCAGGGCGGAACCAUAGGGAGAAAAUCGGCGUCCAUGUGGCCUUUGACCAGGUUCUGAACAUCAAACCAUACUGCUGCACAGGCUCAGGUCACUCCGUCCACAGGGGAGGCUACACCUACGAUCUGUCUGCUGUAGUUAUGCAUCAUGGCAAAGGCUUCGGCUCAGGGCACUACACCGCAUACUGCUACAACACAGAAGGAGGUUUCUGGGUCCACUGUAACGACUCUGAGAUGAAGGUUUGCAGUGUGGAGGAAGUGUGCAACACUCAGGCCUAUAUUCUCUUCUAUACCCAGAGGUCUGCCUAAGGUACCUCUCGCUGUGAUGUUGACCUGUACAUGGCAACUUAGGGCUGCAUUUAUGAAAACGGUCUCUGAUGUUUUCCCAGAUGUCAUUAAACGAUCACUUCGAAAUGAUUUGCUAAAAAAAGAUGGCAAUGAGGGCAGUGGGACAGCCACAGUCGUGAGUCAAGGUGAGAAUUUUAGCAGCAUAAUCCAGACGAGGAGGAUGAUAACAGCGGUAGUGUUUUUACCGUGAUGUCUGUGUAGGUUCUCAUUAAUCCAGGUCAUGGUUAUCCAAAGUAGUUUCAAUCAUCAUCUUUCGCCAAUUUACAAUCAGGUCCUUUCAAAACUCCCCAAAAGAACUACUCAGCAGACCAUUCUACCACCAUUAGCACACGAGGGCUCAGUGACAUCUGUGCAUUUCAACGACCCCCCGCCGAUACUCAGAACGACCAUCGUUGAGUAGUCAAUGAGUUUUGGUAUCGGUCGUUGGAAUAAUAACCCUGGACACACCUCACAGAGGUUUAAAAGCUGAGGCAACACCAACCACCGCCAGAACUGAAGAAGCCUCUUGGAUGAGAGGUGAAACGUCUUCAACGAACUUUCUUAAAGUCCAGUGGAUUGAUUUAAACUACUUUGGGUCUUUACCAUGCUUAGUAGAAGGCAGACGUGAGUAGUGAGGAGAGAGCUCUGGAUUAUGUUUGAUUUUUAACUUAAAAAAAAACAAACAAACCUGAGAAUCAAAAACCUUUUCAUAAAUGAGGCCACAGGUUUCUCAGCCUGUGGGACCAGCAUAUUGGUUUAUGGCCUGAAGACUGUGGCAGCAGGUUGGACUCGGUCCUGCUGAACACCAAGUUAUGUGUCCAUGUUUUUAAACAACAAUCAGGCUCGUGUCUGUUGAGUCUGGAAACCACCAGGUGCUCUCCUGAGACAGCAUUUUACAAUGAAAGGCAGCACGGAUUCUGGAGUUUGGAGCAUUUAGUCACAGAAAUGUUGAUCAUGUGCUUCUUAUAUGUAACUGUACAUUUGAUCUUGGUGCACUAAAUACUGUAAGAGGCACAUGUUUUGACAUUUUAACAUAGGAUGCUAGUGACUGAAGUCCAUACUCCGUGUUGCCCCCUGUUCAGCUUUUUUAAUUAUUGUGAAAUGUCAGUUAUGGAAACUUUUACUACUCAUCCCUGUGUCAUUUGUACUUCAUCAUGUCCUCUCCUCAAAUGUACUGCUGUGACUGGAUACUGUGUCUUAGGCUCAAGGCUCUCAGUGAACAUGAAUAGAUUUAUGUUUUAGUUUAUUUUGUAGUCAUUCUGUUUUAAUUCCAUGACAAGAAGCAAAAAGUAUGAGUUUCAGACACUUGAUUGAUUAGUGAUGGAAAGCUGCACUUUUGAGGAGGCGCUGUCACUGCUGGUCCUGUCUUAGGCUCCUGUAACUUCUUGAGAUGGCAGCUCCUCCUGGUUUAACGGUUUGGCCCAUCUGAAACUGGGUCUGAGACACUGCGCCUCUGUCUGACCUGCAGGAGAUGAGGAAUGAGUGGAAGGGCAGACUGCGAUACUGACGAAUGUGUUUUUGGGAAACUUGGGGUACCCAUUUUCAGUUGAGCACCUGAAAGCAAUAUAUUGUACAUCUUGCAUCUUGACAGGAAAUUAAGAUAAAAUCAGGAAUUCUUCUGCUUGUUAUACAAUGUUUUUUUCUACUCUGCUGUUUCUAUCAAGGUCUUUAGAAUUUGCUAGGUAAUCAAGAAAACCUGUUGUGUUUGAUACGAGUCAAAUGCAAAAUACAUUUGUGAACUCUAUGUGAAAGUUGGAACAAUCUAAUGACGAUGAAUGUCUUACUUUUCAGCGGUCAGGUGUGGCCAUGCCACCGGCUCUGAUCCCCUUGAGUUCUGUCUUGUACUGUAAGAAUACCUGUCAUAAAUGUAAUGGUCAUAUGGGUUUUGCCUGACAGUAAUUAUUAAAAAGACAUCACAAAUUUGAAA